GUAGGAAGCGGCGCUUCCGGGAGUGGAGAUGGCCGCGCUGGCCCCGCUGCCGCCUCUACCCGCUCAAUUUAAGAGCAUACAGCAUCAUUUGAGAACGGCUCAGGAGCAUGACAAACGGGACCCCGUGGUGGCCUACUACUGUCGUUUAUAUGCUAUGCAAACCGGAAUGAAGAUUGAUAGCAAAACUCCUGAGUGUCGUAAAUUUUUGUCAAAAUUAAUGGAUCAGUUAGAAGCUCUUAAGAAACAGUUGGGGGAUAAUGAAGCUGUUACUCAAGAAAUAGUUGGUUGUGCCCAUUUGGAAAAUUAUGCUUUGAAAAUGUUCUUGUAUGCAGACAAUGAAGAUCGAGCUGGACGAUUUCACAAAAACAUGAUCAAGUCCUUCUACACUGCAAGCCUUUUAAUCGAUGUCAUAACAGUAUUUGGUGAACUCACAGAUGAAAAUGUGAAACAUAGAAAGUACGCACGGUGGAAGGCAACAUACAUUCAUAACUGCUUAAAGAAUGGGGAGACUCCUCAAGCAGGCCCUGUUGGAAUAGAGGAUGAUAAUGAUGUUGAAGAAAAUGAAGAUGUUGGUGCAACCUCUCUGCCCACUCAGCCCCCUCAGCCAUCGUCAUCUUCAACAUAUGACCCAAGCAGCUUGGCACCAGGGAGCUACGGUGGGGUACAGAUUCCUCCAGGUGCACACGCUCCAGCUAACACCCCUGCAGAAGUGCCGCACAGCACAGGUGUAACGAGUAAUGUCGUCCAGCCUCGUGCACAGACUGUUCCAGCCCUAGACCCAGACUUGUGCACAGCUUCCCAGGGGGAUGUUCGCCUGACUCCAGAGGACUUCGCUAGAGCUCAGAAAUACUGCAAAUAUGCUGGCAGUGCACUACAGUAUGAAGACGUGGGCACUGCUGUGCAGAACCUACAGAAGGCCCUCAGGCUGCUCACAACAGGCAGGGAGUGAAGCCUCUGGUUGUAGAACCCAUGUGUUUUCUGCAUAUAGAACUAACAAUCCAUUUCACUUUUGUCAGCCUUUCAGGAGCAUGGUUUUACAGAAGACCUCAGUUCCACUGAGGAAGACAAUGACUCCUCUGUGUUUCAGAGGUGUUCAUCAGCUGCUUCAACCAGGUGUCAUUGUCCAUUCAGUGGAUCCAGUUAUCUCUUGAGUGUGUAGAGCUGAUGUUUAGCAUCGAACCCUGCUUCAAGAAAUGAAAAUGUCCUCAUAGGAAAUCAUGUUGGGUAUAAGCUUUCGUAAUUUAUACACACUAAAGAAAGUUUUUGAAAAAUCCAUAAUAUUUGGACAAACCAUAUUAUGUUGUUAUAAUAUUCUAAAUUAAACUUUUAAUAAAGAUUACCAGGAUAUUCUGGAUUGGA